AUGGUGGCUGGUUUCCUGAAACCUCUGGAUGGUCUUGAGAGCCACUUCCGCAGCUCUUUCAGACUCAAUGGAAAGAUGCAGUGGAAGAAUACUGUUGCCUGCGGCGAGGAGACGGAGGAGGAGGAGGAGGAGGAAGAAGAAGAGGAGGAGGAGGAGGAGACGGAAGACCCAAAAUUGCCAACCGUGAGAGCGCGAGUCAAUCAGCUGUUCAGGAGCACUUCCAAUUGCUGA